AUGUCCGAUGUAUUAAAACUUGAAGUACCAUUAGGUGAUGCACUUCGAAAAUCUAAAUUAAAAGGUAUAACAUCAAUAAUAAGUUCAUUGCAACCAAUAAAUAAUGAUAAAAUCGAAAUAAAAAAAAUUGAACAAUCUGAUAAAAAUACAUUAUUAGAUAAAAUUCAAAUAAUAGCAAAUCGUUUUAUAACAAUAAAACGUUUAGGUAGUGGUGGAUUUGGUGAAGUUUAUUUAGCUAAAGAUAAAAAUCAAAAUGAUUUAUUAAUUGCAAUUAAAUUUGAAAAUUUAAAUACUUCACGUCCACAAUUAUCAAUAGAAAAAUAUGUUUUUGAAAUAAUGUAUGAAAGUAUUUAUAUUCCAAAAAUGUUUUAUUUUGGUAUACAUAAUGAAUAUACAGUUCUUGCUAUGGAUUUAUUAGGACCUUCAGUUGAAGAUUUAUUAAAUUUUUGUGGAAGAAAAUUUUCUUUAAAAACAAUUUGUAUGAUUAUAGAACAAAUUUUACGUGCUAUUGAAGCAUUACAUAAUCAUUCACUUAUUCAUCGAGAUUUAAAACCUGAUAAUUUUUUAUUUGGUCUUGGAAUGAAAUCACAUAUAGUACAUUUAAUUGAUUUUGGUUUAUGUAAAAAUUAUCGUCAUCCAUUAACAUAUGAACAUAUAUUAUAUCGAACUGGUAAAACUUUAACUGGUACAGCACGUUAUUGUUCAUUAUACACACAUCAUGGAUUAGAACAAUCAAGACGUGAUGAUAUUGAAUGUUUAUCUUAUAUAAUUAUUUAUUUAGCUAAAGGUUUUUUACCUUGGAUGUCAAUAAAAAAUUCAAAUAGAAAAAAACGUAAUGAAAAAUUAAUGGAAAUAAAAGAAAGUUUAACAUCAAAAGAACUUUAUUCAAAUUUACCAUAUGAAUUUGAAUUAUUUUAUAAAUAUUCAAGAACAUUAUCAUAUACACAAAGACCAGAUUAUGGAUAUUUAAGAAAUUUACUUAUAACAUUAAUUAAUCGUCUUAAAGAAAAAUUUGAUUAUAUUUAUGAUUGGCAUUUAAUUGUUAAAUUAUUUAAAGAAAAUUUAGAUGCUGGAAGACCAAUUUUACUAAAGAAAAAAAUUACUUGA